UGUGAGUGUUUGCACAGCAACACGGUAAUAUUAGCAUUAUGUUUUCAACAGUCCUCAUGUUCUAGCAUCAGACCGUUUAUUUAGAUUUACUGUACAGUCGCUGAAUGUGGUGUCUGGAUGUGUUUAGCAUGGAGCUUCUUUUGCAUAUUUUCUCGUGCACUCUGGUAAGAUUGCAUUGCAAUAAUUGUGAAUGAAUGCACAGCUAUUGCAGUCGUACACUUUACAAUGCAUCUCAGAUAUGCUGUCUUGUUUUUGUCACUGUGUUUAGACAUAAAGGCGGUGUUGAAGUUCAGGGCAUUAAUAGUUGGUAAAACUUGUCCUGAGAUAAACUCGAUGGCACAACUGCUGCAAACAACAGAAAAAGCUAAUAAACAGAGAGACGUUCCAGCUAAAUAACAAAAGGUUGCUGUGCUGCUCGCUCAGUCUUUGUGGAUGCAAUGUGAAGUUUGUGAUGAAACAUAAGCGCGUAUGGUUUUAUCUACGAGGCCGCCGAUUGGUCAGAUGCUGUGGCGAGAUGUGACGUCGGAAGAAAACACCGGGGUCCCUACCUAACACCGUAGAUGAUGUCCAACAGGCCACAUGAUCCACACAAGCUUGCCUUUUCACACACUACCCUUGCAGUUCUGCUUGGCGCGAUGGCCUGCGACAAGUGUGCAAGGACCGACAUGAGCCAGCGACGAAUGGGACUGGUACGUCUUCGUGCAUCGGCCAUGUUAGAUCAACCCGAGCAGCAUUCACUCUUUUAGAAACAGAGACACGCUGGUUAGGAAAGUAGCCCCACCUUCUGAAAUGUCACAAGUCUUCCCUCAAUCCCCUGAGACUGCUAAGAGAAGUGUUGAGCAAGUCCUCAAGAGCUGAAAAGAGGUUUUCGCAGUUCGCAGGCUUUCUGCGCUCUCAUUAGUUGAGCCGCCGAGAGGGGGAAAGAGAGAGAGAGAGAGAGAGAGAGAGAGUGCACUGCAUUCGGAGGGAAAAAAAGUUUGUACAGCGAGUCCAGCCUCGAGGGGUUUCUGGAGCAAGAGCCAGAGCUAACAGAACGUCUAUGCUGUGUCGCUUUCCUUUCGAUUUAUUACAAUAGAGCCUGCCGUAGUGUCGGACACUGGGAAGAAAUGGAGGGAAACGAUAGCGGGACACUUCCCUUGCUGCACGGUUAGGGUGUGUUUGAGGGAACGUCUAAUGUUUCUGUCGUUUUCUUUCCCAGCCUUGUUCUGUCACUGCAAGGGAGGGAUUUAAGGGAGUGGAGCAGAUGGAUUGAAGGAUGAACCAGGAGUAGAGACAGAGAAAAAGGGCACGCGAGGAGAGCAGUAUUGUGGGGGCGGAGCCUGUUCGUUUAACUUCUUUCUCAUUGGCUGGAAGCUCAGAACUCCAUUGUGGAGACUCCUCCGAUCAUUUGAAUGUGGUUGUUUCUUUAAGUACAGUUACUUUUAUAUUGCAGGGGUUGAUUUUUAUUAACUAACAUACUUUAUUUUUUGUUCUUCUUAAGAGAGAAUGUACAAGAAACACGUUUAUUUAGUUUUGCUUUCAAAUAUUUGGCCUAGCCCCAAAACAUUCAAUCUUAAACUUAAAACGCAUUUUGCCCUAUUUGUGUUGUUUUACUACUUGCACAGUUUUUAAAGUAUAAAACAUUGUUAAUUACAAUAAACAGCAAGGUUUUUAAUCAUAAUUUUAGGUGGGCCGACCCUCAGAUGGGGGGUCUCAACCCCCCCACCCCCCCCACCCCCAAGGAUUUCCGCCUAUGGUCUCCACUAACUUUGCACAUAUAGACUUUGUAAUAUUUGCUCACUUUUCUUUGCAGAACUGCUCAAGUUCAGUUCAAACUAAUGGUGAGCAUUUGUGGACUGCAGUCUUCAAGUCAUUCCACAGAUUUUCAAUUGAGUUUAAGUCUGAACCCUGACGAGGCCAUGCAAGGAUACCUCUUUCUCCUUCAGCGUCUGUGUACUCAGGUUUACCUUCCAACAUGACAAUUGACCCAAAGCACACUGAAAAGCUUCUCAUUCACAGUUUUUCCUAAAAUUUGACAGUAUAUGACUCAUGCUCCAGUUCCUGCUGCAGAGAAACACCUCAUAACAAGACAUCAGCACUUUCAUGCUUUACUACCGGAAUGCUGUUAUUUGGAUACUGAGCUGGAUUGGAUUUCCGCUAGACAUAUAACUUGGUGUUGAGGCCAAAUUAUUAAAUUUAAGUCUCAUCGGCCUCACAAUCUUCAAGGUGUGUAUUAGCAAUGAUCAGUCUGGCUGCAUGUGGCCUUUCUUGAUGCGUGGCUUUUUUUCCCAUACAAGCCACAUUUAUGGAGGAUUUGUGAAAUUGUCUCAUACACACAAGGACCACUCUUUUUCAUAAAUUCCUGCAGCUGGUUCAAGGUUGCUGACGGCUUCUCGGUUGUCUCUCUGAGCAUUUUCCACCUGGCUCUUUCAUCCAAUUUGGAGCACAUCCUGAUCCAGGGAGGCUCUGUGUUGUAUCAAAUACCUUCCACUUCCUAAUAAUGAGCUUCACUGUGCUACAUCAUUUCAUGCACUAUAUUCCAAGCCAUUAGAAGUCAUGUGAGGCUUUGUGGAAGACACAGAACUUUAAGUUAUUAGUAAAGAUAAAUCCUUGCCUUUUUUUCAUUCAUGUCCAGAAUACAAAAUUAGCAUGUUGUGUCCAAACUUGUGAAUAUGAGUACAAUUUUGGCCUCAAUUCUUGGACAUGCUGUUUACUCUUAUGGUCAUUUGUGAUGUUAUUAAUAAUUUAUAUAUUUUUCAGAAAUGUCUACUUUGUGUUUUUGAGAGAAAAGAAAACUUUAAAAAGUUACAUUUUACAUCAAACCUUUGAAGCAAAUGAAUGAAUGUUUGAUGGAAAGAACUAAAAAUAAAUCCGUUUAUGUUCAGAAACUUUCAAAUACAUUUUCUGCAGAAAGGAGUUUUGUUCUAAUGUGAUUCCACUGAUUCUUUCGUUCUUUCUGGUGGGAUUAUCUGUGUGUGUGUGUGUGUGUGUGUGUGUGUGUGUGUGAGAGAGAGAGAGAGAGAGAGAGAGAGAGAAAACACACUGAGUCUGCGCGCUGGGGGAGGAGUAUCUAUGUCACACUCCCUCUCUCUCUCUCUCUCUCUGUCUUUCUCCUUCUGCUCUAUACUUGCAGUUUUUCCGCCCUCUCACUUCUCCCUUUUUAUUUCUCUCUCUCUCUCUCUCUCCCUCGCGCGAGUGCAAGGCCAUGUGGGACGUCUGAUGAGGAGUUUCACCCCUCCAUGUAUCUAGUUUCAUAUCUCUCUUUCCCUCUCCACCGUUCUUUCGCUUUCCAUACGGGUUCCUCAAGCUCCACUGUCUUUGCAAGGUGGAGACCCGCUGGAGACUAGUUUUAAGAGUGUAAGGGGGGAAAGGGGGAAAGAAAAAAAAACAGGCUUUUUCUUUUUGCCACGAGGGCCUCCUGACUAGAGUGCGACAGAGGCUUCACCACAAGCCUCUUCCAUUUUCCAGCACAAUUUAGUGUGCUUUUUCAUGCACCCGAUUGCGGAAUUUCAGCAAGAUUUGCGACUGCGUUCGGUUCACGAAGUGCCUAUUUUGACAUGUUCUUUUUCAAUUUCAGCGAGUGGAGUCGAAUUCCACUCGGACCUGCAGCCUAUGGCAGCGUAGUGCCAGGCCAAUCAGAUCACUGAUAACCUGCUGGAUUUGCCAUUUGGAAGUACUGGCCUGCGACUUACCCAUUUCCGAUCCGACAUUGGAUUCAGGAGUGAAGCUGCUCCACUUUGGGACAAGUGCCAGUUGCAAAAAGGCGAGUGAAAAUAUCAAUGAUCUGCAUGAGGAAACAUUGAGGGUGAGCGGAAAACACAAACUCACAAAUGCCGGUGCAACUAUUGCAGAAAAAAGUGAAGGAUGGUUGAAAGGGGAAGGGAAGACCCAAAAUGUGGAUCGUAAAAGAUGAGGUGAGGUGUUUAUUCAAGCCUGUUUGAUGCACCUCGGGCCUUCAAGAGUUGAUUGCAUGUGCCGUAGCAACUGUGGGACUAUUUGCAUGCAGCAGACACGCUAAUUGUGUGUUUGCUAACAUGCACCAUUCAGCACGAUGCACUCCGGUCUUAGACGGGGUUCACACACGCCUUCCAGACGUCCUGGAGGCCUCCUAUUGUUCCAGAGGCCCAGCCAAGCAGCAGGCAAGCCUAACCAGAGCCCCGCGAAGGCCUGCCGAGAGGGGAAGCUGGAAUUCAAGACCAGACGGGAUAGCGGGAGAGUGAACAGACUCACAGCCCCUCUCUCUCUUUCACUCCGCAGCAGGAAAAAAGAGGCCUGUGGGAAGUGCUACCUCCAGGCACUGAUGUCCUCGCAGAUGUGUGCACAAGAGGAGUUGCAAGAUUCUGCUUUGCACAGGCUCACUGUAACCACACGAUCACCACAGUCAUCAUUAUAUGGAAGGAGCAGAAGGAAGACUCCACAGAUGAGUUUGAGCAGCAUGCGGUGCUGUGGAAGACAGUCGUUGGUUUCCAGUCGGGCUGAAGCGAGGACGUCUCGGUCCUUUGGGGUGAGGUAGUAGGUUGUAUAGUUUUAGGGUGACACCCUUCCUUUAGAUAACUAUACAACUUACUGUCUUUCCUGAAGAGGCUGUAAAAUCACCGUCAUCUUCCUCUUUGAGCCUGACGAUGGAUGCACACAAACCCUGGACCUGUGUUAUGAGCUUUUGAUCUUUUUGUUAAUAUUUUGAUUUCAGCUUUAUUUUAGUAUUUUCAGUUUUCAUUUAAAUGUUUGGUACAGUUUUUUGCCAUUUUAAUGCAUGUUAAUAUAUUUGUUAUUCAUUUUUUAUUUAUUCGUAUGAGUUUCAUUUGUAAUUUUAGUUCUUCAAGUUAAACUAAACGAAAGGAGAAAUGUGGCAAGGAGCUGACAUGAGGUUGAUUUUUAUUAAAACAUAUAUUUAGUUAAGUUUUAGUUAAGGUUUUGGUUCCUUUCUGAUAUAUUUUUUUAAAUGUCAACAUUGUUUUUAUAACUUUUUAUUUAUUUGUUUAAGUUUAUUUAAUUUGCUAUUUCAAUUAUGCAGGAUAAACUAAACUAAAAUUAUUAUGUUAUAAGCUGAAAAAAGUCUAAUGAAAUAGGUUUGGUUUUUGUAUAAAAUUUUAAUAAACUUUUAUGUCGUAUUAUUCAUAUACAUUUUUAUAUAUUUUAAUUAUGAUAUAUUUAAUACAUAAUGAUUUAUUGUAAUUUAAACAUUGAAUAUAUAUAUAUAUAUAUAUAUAAUUGUUAUAUGGUUUUAGCUUUAGCUAACUAUAAUGAAUGGAAUAGACAGCAUCCAUCAAGGAAAUAUUAAACUACGACUACUAAAGAAUUACAUGAUGUUCAUAUUAGGAUUGAAUUAUUAACUGAUUUCUUGAUUUUCCAGAAGAUCUUUUGUUAAGAACCAUUUCAGAAUUGUUUUAUUUAUUUAUCUAUUUUUUCGGGAAGUUUUCGCAGAUGUGCACUUCAGAAUUGCUUAGCAAAGAUAUGUGUACAUUUUUAAUUCACAUUACGACGAUCCAGAGAGUAUUUCAGCAUGUGCAUCCCUCUGGAGCAUAUCUUCGCCAUGAGGAUGAGGAAGAGGAUGAGGAUGAGGACAAGGAUGAGGACGGGGAUGAGGUUGAGGAUGAGGAUGAGAAUGAGGACGAGGACCAGGAUGAGGACGGGGUCAGGGAUGAGGAUGGGAAUGAGGAUGAGGAUGGGAAUGAGGACGAGGACCAGGAUGAGGACGGGGUCAGGGAUGAGGAUGGGAAUGAGGAUGAGGAUGGGAAUGAGGACGAGGAUGAGGACGGGGAUGAGGAUGAGAAUGAGGACGAGGACCAGGAUGAGGACGGGGUCAGGGAUGAGGAUGAGAAUGAGAAUGAGGAUGGGGACGAGGACAGGGAUGAGGUUGAGGUUGAGGAUGAGGAUGAGGACGAGGACCAGGAUGAGGACGGGGUCAGGGAUGAGGAUGGGAAUGAGGAUGAGGAUGGGAAUGAGGACGAGGAUGAGGACGGGGAUGGGGAUGAGGAUGAGGAUGAGGAUGAGAAUGAGGACGAGGACCAGGAUGAGGACGGGGUCAGGGAUGAGGAUGAGAAUGAGAAUGAGGAUGGGGACGAGGACAGGGAUGAGGUUGAGGUUGAGGAUGAGGAUGAGAAUGAGAAUGAGGACGAGGACCAGGAUGAGGACGGGGUCAGGGAUGAGAAUGAGGAUGAGAAUGAGGAUGGGGACGGGGUCAGGGAUGAGAAUGAGGAUGAGAAUGAGGAUGGGGAUGGGGACGAGGAUGAGGACGAGGAUGGGGAUGAGGUUAAGGUUGAAGAUGAGGAUGAGAAUGAGGACAAGGACCAGGAUGAGGAUGGUGUCAGGGAUGAGGAUGAGGAUGGGGAUGAGAAUGAGAAUGAGGAUGGGGACGAGGAUGAGGAUGAGGAUGAGGACCAGGACCAGGACCAGGACCAGGACCAGGAUGGGGAUGAGGAUGAGGAUGAUUGUUGGUGAUGUUCGUUCAGGGUGAGGUAGUAGGUUGUGUGGUUUCAGGGCAGUGAUUUUGCCCCAUCAGGAGACAACUAUACAACCUUCUGCCUUCCCUGGAGGACAGCGACACAGCUCACAGCUCGACUGACAGAAGUACCGGAUAUUCAGUCAACAACACGUGAAUAAUAUGAUCCUGUCUCAGACACCUGAAGAACAUUUCUCCACUGGGAAGAAUCUUAUGUGAAAUGAAACCAUGGAACCAUUGAUGAUGAAGAAGCUUCAUUAAAGCAUCACAAUCUAUCAUUCUCUGAUUUUAUUUUAUGAUUACAGUUGAUUAAUGUCAUAUAUAUGGAAUUUUAAAUAUAUGAUUUAAUCAAUUAAAAAUAAUUUGCUAUACAUAUAUGUGUGUGUCAGAUUGCAAGAUUUUUAUUUUUAUAUAAAAUUUAUUUUUAAUUAUAUUAAUAAUAGUAUUAAUCAACUGUAAUCAUAAAUUAAAAAGAAAAUAAUAUAAUAAUAGCCAAAUAAAUUAUAAAAAGAUUAAUUAACAUAAAUACAUGUAAAACUGUUACUGGAUGGAGGCGGAUAAAAAAAAACAUUCACUAAUAAUUAGUAAUUAUAGUUAAUAUUGCUAAUAAUUAAAAACGACAAUGUAUUAAAUGGGAUUUGUAAUUAAUAAAUGUUAAAAAUAUAUAUAUAUUAUCAAGUGUCAUCAUAAAAAAAACAUUAAAUGUAUUACAUAAUUGUAUUAAACGUGAUUUACAGUUAUUAAAUUCCAAUUUUCUAAAGCCUGUUGUCUACUAGAGAGAAAAAAAACUACUUCCUGUUUCAACAGGAAAUAUGUUAUAUCUUCUGUUAUUUUGGAAGGAUAUUGCUUAAACUUUCUAGCAGAUAAAAAAAAAUAUGAAAAAAUAAUUCAGCAAUAUCUUCACGUAGUGUAUCAAUUAAGAGAUAAUAUUUCUAAAUGUAUCUGUUAUCUGCAAUAAAACUGUUAAUAAAUGUC